UAUACUCGUUUGCGCCAGUACAUGGGCUCUUAUAUUGUACUCUGGCUCUUCUCGCUGCUGCUUGUUUUCAUUAUAUUCCGUUCGGCGCUCCGUCUCACUCUCUCGCAGUCUGCACUCUGCACUUUUGGUCUACUGCGCUCGCGUCGUCCGCAUCUAGUCUCCACCACUCUCCUCUAUCUUUCUCUCUUUUUCUCUUGCUCGGUAGCAUAUACUCCUCAGUGUAGCAGUGGGUUGUGUGCUAUAUCGCAUCAUCAAACCAACAGUCCGUUCAGUUCAGCGGCCGUAAAAGUUUGCUUCGGCGCAUUGCAUCGUCGGCAGUCGCGUCGUUACUCCGGUCAAGCCAAGAUCCUUAGGCAUCCACUGUUAUGCUUUAAUUCAACUUUCAACUAUACUUCACCUCUCUACGGAGUAAAGUAAAUAGAGGUCCAGUCAAAGCGCCACGCGUAUUCUCGUCACAUCGCUGCAGUAAUAUACAUCAGAUCAGAGUCCAGCCUCCAGAGACCUAAGCCGAAUGAAUACAUCUAACGUUUAGAAAAACUGCCAUGUAACCUAUGGAAUUAUUUUGAGUUCGUUUAUUAGUCUUUUUGUCAUUGCUUUGUCACCCGUUUGCGAAAGGAUAGUGAUAGUUGGUUGAAGAUAAAAAAAGAUUACUCAUUUACAAUGGACGAGGACCUCAGAGCCAAAAGUGAUCAAGCCUGUCGUACAGCAGAAGAAUUCACUAAACUAUACUAUGAAAGUUUAGAUAAAAGAAGAUAUUUAAUGUCAAGACUUUAUAUGGAUACAGCUAUUUUGGUAUGGAAUGGCAAUGGUGUUGAGGGUAAAGAUAAAAUACAACAUUUUUGGACAGAACUUCCUGCUUCUGAUCACACAGUGAUAACUUUAGAUGCUCAGCCAGUCACAGUUCCUGCUGUGGCUAACCAAUUGACGUUUUUGGUUAAAAUUAGUGGCCAAGUUCGUUAUCAUGAAAAAUCAGCUAAAACUUUCAAUCAAAAUUUCUUAAUAACAGCUUUAGGAGAUAAAUGGAAAAUAGUUAGUGAUUGUUUCAGAACUCAAGAAGCUCUAGAAAGUUAGCUUUACAAUCAUGUGUAUCCUGUAUAUAAAAUUAAGUUAAAUUAAAUUAUUUUAAAUUUUA